CUGGGCGGGGUGACGUGUGCGGAGCUGGAGCCCAGGCAGCAGCAGAAGUUCGUUAUUAAUGUCAGGACUUCCUCCUGUCUGUUAGUCACCAGUCUACUGCCGGAGGCUCCCAACGGUUUUACACGGAUAUUCCAUCCUGUCGAAAUGAAACGGAACUUUUACGGUACAAAACAGAACUGUUGAUUCUAGUGGAUCCGUAACCUUCUUUACCAGAGACCACGAUGUGAAUAAAUAGUCACUUGCAGGAUUUAUUGGUGGAUUUUUGUGGUUACUGAAAGGCGGGACGUGGUCUGACCAUACUGGGGCGGAGGAGCGGUUGGUCAACCAUGCUGUGGCCAGGUUUAGCGCACUGGGUAGCGGCUGUGUUUCUCUGUAGGGUCGCCUCGGCGCAGUACACCAGCGACCAGUGCAGCUGGAGAGGAAGUGGUCUGACCCAUGAGUCUCACUCCCGUGAUGUGGAGCAGGUAUACCUGCGUUGCUCCCAGGGCAGUCUAGAGUGGCUCUAUCCUACUGGGGCCCUCAUCGUCAACCUGCGGCCCAACACGGAGCCCACGUCUGGGGCUUCCCCCGGCCUGCACGCCUGCAUCAAGCCCCAGACAGACUCCCGCGGAUCACACCUCUACCUGGAGAGAGCUGGACAGCUCCGCCUGCUGAUGUCUGAGACAGAACAGGCGCAUGGCAGGGUGCAGUGUUUCUCCCUGACAGAGGGGGCGCUGUUCAUAGAGGCAGUGGGCCAGCAGGACAUCAGCAAGAGGAUCACAGUGUUUCAGUAUGAACUGGUGGCCAGCCACGGACCUGGAGCUCACCUGUACCCACACCUCAACACUGGCACUGCCUCCUGUACACCCUGCACAGAUGACCAGAUCCUGAUGGCGGUAUGCACCAGCGACUUUGCGGGUCGUGGCAGUAUCCGUGGCGUUGACACGCCCUCGUCAUCAGACCACUCCUCCGUUGCCGUGACGCUAAGCCGCCUGUUCCAUCAGAAGAGCGGAGUGUUCUCUUGGGGCGGAGCCAGAGGAAAGGGGUGGUCCGGACGUCUGAACACGCCCCUGCGGUGCUGGCUGCAGCCGAGGGAGAAGGGGGAGUUCCUGUUCACGGGGGCAGUGCGGUUCGGAGAGGCGUGGCUUGGCUGCUCCCCGCACUACCGCCACUUUCUGAAGCUCUACCGGACCGCCCUGGAGACAGGAAGUAACCCCUGUCACAUGAACAUGGACACAGACUGAGGCACGCCCCUUCCGCCCAGGUGACAACCAAUCAGGGAACAGGAUUGGGAAACAAACUCAGCGAAUCAGGGACAUAUCAGAGAGAGGGCUGGGUCGCUGGCUGGACUGACAGGGCCCUGAUCCAAUCAGAGGAGGGAGGUCGUAAAGGGGCGGAAUCUUUGAUAUGCCUGAGAGGUGAUUGGACGUGGUCCCAAGCCCUGCUAACCGAUUGGCUGAAGCUCUUACAGUUGCCUAGCAGCAAGGAUAGUUGGCCUGUGUCUGAACAGUUCUAAAGCCAUCUGUGUGUGUGUGUGUGUCUGUGUGUGUGUGUGUGUGUGUGUGUUGGAAAUAGAUGUAAAUAUGAUCAUUGUUGUAAUGAAAGUUUGUUUUGUGAAAAGCUUUAUGUUUAGAGGUUGUCUUCUGACAGAAGUGUAUAAUGGGUUCCUGCACAGCGUGUGUCUUCGCGUGUUUGUGUGUGUCUUAGCAUGCUCUUGUGUGUCUUAGCGUGUUCGUGUGUGUCUUAGCGUACUCUUGUGUGUGUUUGUGUGUGCGCGCUAGGGAGUUUGUGAACGUGUAUGUACUAGCCUGUGAAUGUGUGUGUGCGCUAGCGUGUGUGGUUCUGCACUAGCUUGUGUGAAGGUGUGUGUGUGAAGGUGUGUGUGAAGGUGUGUGUGUGUGAACGUGUGUGUGUGCGACUGUGUUAAAGUACAAUAGCACUCUGGCUCUCUGUUCUAGGGAAUAAACUAUCUUCCUGGAACAAGU